AUGGAGGAAAACAAGAAGACAUCCAGUCAAAGUGGCACUGCCGAUCAUUCCUCAGGCGCCGAUGUGCCAUGUGAUGCUUGCAGUGGGAAGAGAAAACGAAAAGCAGAGAUGUUCUGUCGAUUGUGUCUGGCCUCUUUUUGUGAGACUCAUCUGAAGGAUCAUUGUGUGGUGCCACAACUGAAGAAGCACAAGCUGAUACCAACCUCAGCAGGGAUGAAAGAAAGCUUCUGCCGCCAACACAAGAACCCCCUCCAGAUUUUCUGCCGGACUGACCGGCAGCUUUUGUGCUGGGUGUGUGCACUGACCGAGCACGGAGGCCAUGAUGUGGUGCAAGUCCAAAAACAGACCAGGAUGCAGGCACAGCUGGACAAGUUUAAACAAGAAAUCCAAAACAGAAUGGCGGUUUUGGAGGGAAAUGAGUCAGAGCUGGCAAAAGCGGCAAACUCGGUCCGAGAUGCUGCCUGGAAGGUGUGUGAUGAUUUUGAGCAAGUGUGCAAGGAGCAGGUCCGGCUGUUUACUAAGUCAAUGGAGGCAGCGUGUUUUGACAUGAGAGCAAAAGUCGGACAGAUACAGAAAUCUGCACUUGACAAAAUCAGCAGGGACAGUCAGCACGUGAAGCGAGAAGCAUCGGAGCUGCAGAGGGAGGAGAAUAAACUCUGCCAGCUUUCACAAACUCUUGAUCGAAUUGAGUUUCUCCAGGGUUUUUACACUUUCAAGCUGCCUGCGUUCACAGAUUCAUGUGAAAGAUCGAAGGUGGUGAAGGAGUUCGUCACUGCACAAGAGAAUAUUCUGAAAGCUUUCUCAGAAAAACAUCAGAACGAAUCAUUCGAUCAGCCUUUAACAGCUUUGGGACGUAAAGAUAUCAAGACUAAAUACCGUAAAAUCAAGAAAGACCCUCUCUUGUUAUGUGAUCGCCCCAUGUUAAAGCUUGAUUCCAACACGGCUGCAAACGGCCUUCACUUAUCUGAUGACAAGAAAGAGAUGUCAUUCCGUGGCGGGGUUUCUCGCUAUCGCCCCGAAAGAUUCACCCAUUUUUACCAAGCUCUGUGUGAAAAAGGCUUAAGAGGAGCGCAUUACUGGGAAGUGAUGUGGGAUGUUGGGGUUGUUGAUGUGGCUGUGUCCUACAAAAACAUCGGAAGGAAGGGAUCUGACAACAGCUGCUGUUUCGGCCACAAUGAGUUUUCUUGGAAGUUGCAGUGUGGUUCAUCUUCUUGCACAUUUUGGCACAAUAAUUUUUUCAGAGACCAAAUUCCUCCAGUUCGAUCCCGCAGAUUAGGAGUACAUCUUGAUUACCACAAAGGAACACUGGGUUUCUACAGUGUUUCUGAAAGUCACACGAAAACGCUGUUGCAUCAGACCCAGACGACCUUCACUCAGCCUCUCUUUCCUGGAUUUUCAGUUGAUUUAGGCGCGACACUGACGAUAUGCAACAUCUGA